GCACGCCACUCAGUAUGGUGCUGCACUCCUGGAUCUAGCUACUACAGGCAAAUACAGCAGGGGGAGAAAGAAAGGCCUGUGUGUGUGUGCAUCAACAGCAUCAUGGACACAGAAUAUUCUAAGAGAGUGUACCAGGGCGUCCGAGUGAAGCACACGGUCAAAGACCUGCUGGCAGAGAAGAGGUCGCGGCAGACGAGCGGACCCAGAUACAGCGGAGGAUCAACCACUCCACCGUCAUUCGUCCAGAUGCCAGGUGCCCACAUGCUGCCCAGCUACUACGGCAUAAGAGGACGUUCCUUCAUCUCUGACUCAGAUUUCUGCCCAUCCACCAAGCAGUUCUCCCCCGAUGUCUAUUCCUCCACCCUCGGGGGUAAGCCUCUAGGCUGUGAGCCCUCCACCAUGAGCAGCUACUCCUCGCUCAUAGACAGCUACUACCCAGAAACCUUUGGUGACUACCGCAGCGCCGCCACCUUCUCCAGCUCCGGCGGGUCCUUCCUGCCCUCGUCAGCGCUGUCCUCCCUGCUGCCGCCCUUCGGAGGAGAGUCCUCGCAUCUGUUUCUGAGAGACUCGUGGGAGCAGUCUGAGCCUCAGGUGGAGGCUCUGUGUCAGGACAACCUGGCCUCCGUCAGCGUCCCACCCUCCAUGCCCAGCCCCGAACCUCCAGGGAGCCCCUCCCAGUACCGCUCCCCGAGCCGAAGCUCCUCGCUGGGCCCCGUCUCCAGCAGCCAGCCCUACACUCUGCACUCUCUGGAGGAUGUCCACUAUCACCCUUUAACCUCCACCAGCACUUACCCCACCACACCCUCCUCCUCCUCCUUCCCCUGCCCCCCCUACAUGAGCAGCCCCGUCACAGAUCUGGUGACCAAGAUGGUGACGGAGGAGGCGGCCGACGGCCACGGCAGCCUAACCCCCGGCGCCGAAGCUCAUUCCUCCUGGGCUAAGGAAGAGGGGGUGAGCGCCUGGUCGCCCUAUGAGAUUCGGAGGGCCUACUGACUGAAUUCAGAAGAUUCAGACGAUUUUACAGACACUGAUGAACUCAACGCUCUGCUGUAAAUUCUUGGGGAGGUUUUUCCAAGAAAAUUUCAAUGUCAAUUUGCUAAAAAUAUUCCAAUUUUAAAGUGUCCCUGUUGUGCUUGUUCACUGUAGCCUUGCACUUUGUGCUCAGCUCUUCAU